AGGUCAGACUGAGUUAGAGCUAUCGGACUGCGCCAUCUAGAGUUUCAUGCCAGAACUCUGUAUUUCACCGUCCUCCGUACUGCAGCCGUUUACUCCGGUAAUUCUCAUCUCCCCACAGAUCCUGCAGAAGGUUUCCGUCACAGACCCGUCCCGGGAGAAGACUCUGUUUAUCCUGAGUGUCAUCCGUGAGAAGAGCCUGUCUUCAGCCGUGCUGUCGUCCCGCGCGCACCACAUCUCUCCGGUCUACGUCUCGGCCGUCAUGCUGUUAGCGGCGCUCAGCUGGCAGUAUCUGAACGCCACGGCCGGGCAACCACCAGGGGGCGCAGACAUGCAGGGACACUGAGACCACACCCUCCGACUGCCCAAAAACUGCCAGACCAAAAUGCUUGAAAAAGGCAUGAGUUUGGAAUGUUUAGGUUUUUUUUUUCUAUUUUGCUAAAAUUUGUUCAGGUCAUUUUCACCCCAUAAUCAAAAACAUAAAUAUGAAAAAAAUUAUAUAUACACUACCGGUCAAA